UUCAAAAUUUGAAUUUGAACCGGAGAUUCGAGCAUGGCAAGAACAUCCACCAACAUGAGGGGCUUUUACAGGCAGAAGAAGAAGAACCACACCACCACCGCUACGGGAUGCAUCACCAAAUCAAAAUCAACCAAAACCCCAUCUUUUGUUUCCGAUAUCACCCAAACUCCAGCCCUCCAUACCAGAGAUGAUUUCUGUGACGAGGAACGAGCCUUGAGGGAAUUUGAUAUGAACAUGGCAUAUGGACCGUGCCUUGGGAUAACGCGGCUGGCUCGUUGGGAAAGAGCUCAGAGGUUGGGGCUGGACCCUCCUAAAGAAAUCCAUUGCCUUUUGAAAGGUGGGGAUGUGAAGCUAGAGUGUUUCCUUGAUGGUCGUGUUUAGUUAGUUUAGUAGUGCUGCAUUUUGCUCAACUUGGAAUCGAUGUACAGCCUCUGGCUGUUCUUGUUCUUGGAUGUUUUCUGACUCUCUUUUUUUUAUCAAGGAUCUGGAAAGUUAAUAA